GUCAAAAGGCAAAACAAUGCACGUGUGCUUUCCUUUCGGUUUAUUUUACUUUUUGUGUUGCAUAUCCUGAUAAAUUUUAAAUAAAUCAGACAAAAUAAGCUUUUAAAAAUGGUCAAAAAGAAGAUAGACAACCGCAUCCGCGUAAUGAUUGAGAAUGGCGUUAAGUUGGGACAUCGUACAAUGUUCAUAAUAAUUGGAGACAAAGCGCGCGAUCAAGUGCCGAUACUUUACGACAUUUUGACGAAAUCCACAGUAAAAGCCCGGCCCACAGUACUGUGGUGCUACAAAAACAAGGAUGAUGCUAUUUCAAACCACGGCCGUAAGCGGGCCAAAAAGAUUGCGGCUGGCAAAAUUGAUGUCAACGAUGCUGAUAUGUUCGACACAUUUCGCGUAUCGACAACCAUACAUGGACGAUAUUAUUCUGAGACACAUGCUGUUCUUGGUCGCACCUAUGGUGUGUGCGUAUUGCAGGAUUUUGAGGCGCUCACUCCCAAUCUACUGGCGCGUACAGUGGAAACGGUGGAAGGGGGCGGGCUAAUAAUAUUAUUGCUAAAAACUCUACAGUCACUGAAACAGCUGUAUACAAUGAGUAUGGAUGUGCAUAAGCGAUUCCGCGCCGAAGCACACCAAACUGUAACUUGCCGUUUCAAUGAGCGUUUGAUACUUUCGUUGGCUGAUUGCAAACGUUGUCUAGUCGUCAAUGAUGACUUGACUGUGCUGCCGUUGAGUUCAAAAACUGUAAAUGUUGAUCCAGUAAAUCCCGCAGAUAUUGGAAAAUCUGAAAACAAUGAAAUGUUGCAAGAUUUAAAAGAAAGCUUGCGCGAUACGCCGCCUGCAGGACAGCUUGUAUCUCAAUGCCGGACUUACGAUCAAGCACGUGCUGUCGCUCAAUUCAUCGAAGCUUUGGCGGAGAAGCAACUGAAGCCACCCACGACUUUGACCGCAGCACGUGGUCGUGGUAAAUCCGCCGCGAUGGGUUUGUCCAUCGCCGCAGCUAUAGCGUUUGGUUAUGUUAAUGUCUAUGUUACUUCCCCACACCCGGAGAAUUUAAUUACACUUUUUGAGUUCGUGCUCAAGGGCUUCGAUGCGCUGGAAUAUCAGGAGCAUGCUGAUUACACCAUCAUACGAUCCACUAAUCCAGAUUACAAAAAGGCCAUCAUCCGCAUCAAUAUAACUCGUUCAAAUCGGCAAACCAUACAAUACAUUGCACCUACCGAUACACAUCUGUUAAACGCGGCAGAUUUGUUGGUAAUUGAUGAGGCUGCAGCCAUACCUCUUCCUUUAGUUAAAAAAAUGAUGGGCCCGUACUUGAUAUUCAUGGCUUCUACUAUUAACGGCUAUGAAGGAACUGGACGGUCACUAAGCUUAAAAUUAAUGUCACAAUUGCAAAAAGACAACAAUGCACCACCACCGAUAAAACUCGACGAGUCCAUUCGCUAUAGCGAAGGCGAUGAUAUUGAAGCAUGGUUGAUAAAUUUGCUAUGUCUGGAUGCCACCACUGUUCCCAAUAUCAGCUCGGGUUGUCCAACACCAGAUGUUUGCGAUCUCUACUACAUAGAUCGUGAUGCAUUAUUCUCGUAUCAUAAGGCCGCCGAAUCCUUCCUCCAUCGUUUGGUCUCCAUUUAUGUAGCUUCGCAUUACAAGAACAGUCCCAAUGACUUACAAAUGAUGAGCGAUGCGCCAGCGCAUCACAUUUUUUGUCUACUGGGACCUAUUCAUCGCAAAGAUCAGUUGCCUGAAAUUCUUGUUGUCGUGCAAGUAGCGCUAGAGGGGGAAAUUUCCUCGCAAACGAUUAGUGAUUCUUUGGGUCGUGGCAAAAAAGCGAGUGGUGAUCUGAUACCGUGGAAUAUAUCUGAGCAAUUCGGUGAUCGCGAAUUCCCCAAGCUGUCAGGUGUUCGAGUGGUCAGAAUUGCAACGCAUCCCAAUUAUCAAAGGAUGGGUUAUGGUAAGCGUGCAAUUAAGCUUCUCCGAGAUUAUUAUCAGGGAAAAUUUACGGAUAUUAGUGAAAAUCCGCAAAGUGGCGAUAAUGCAAAUGGCAUCGAAGAAGUUGAGGAAGAACAGAUCGGUUUGCUAAAAGAGCAAAUACGCCCUCGUCGCAAAAUACCCACACUAUUGAAACGUCUGAAUGAGCGCACCNUGGGAACAUCGUACGGGUUGACACAAGAGCUUCUUAAAUUUUGGAAAAAUUUGGGCUUCGUGCCAGUGUAUGUUAGCCAGAAGGCCAAUGACCUCACUGGCGAGCAUACCUGCAUUAUGUUGCACACGCUAGAUAAGUCAGGAGCAGAGUCUCAAGAGAAGAAAUGUGCAGAAUGGUUGAGUUUAUAUUUCAACGAUUUUAGACGGCGUAUCAUUAAACUUUUGAGUAAAACGUUUAGGGAAUUUCCGAUCAGUUUAGGAUUAUCUAUAAUCGAUAACAAAAGGGCAAAAAUUGAGCAAAAGGGCCUCGACAAGCACAUACUCGACGUUUACUUCCUGCCACAUGACAUUGAGCGUUUAGAAGCGUAUUCGCGCAAUCAAAUCGAAUAUCGCUUGGUGUUAGAUUUAGUAGGCGAUAUUAGUUACUUGUAUUUUCAAGGAAAAAUGCAAGAACUUCAAAUAGAUACUUUACAAAAGGCCAUUCUGCUCGCUAUUGGCAUACAAGGCAAGACUGUUGAUACAAUCGCAGCUGAAUUAAACAUGCCUGGAAACCAGAUUUUGGCAAAAUUUUAUGAUUUGCUUAAGAAAACCACCAAGUAUUUGCUUGCUGUCAUCGAAGGUCACAUUGAAAGCCAUAUGAAGAGUGAAACCCAAUUGAAUCGCGGCGAAGAUUUUGUGCCAGUCUCUCUCUCACUCAACGACGAGUUAGAAGAAACUGCAAAGCAGUUGUCUAAGAAGCAGAAGGAAGACCUUAAAAAAUUAAAAAUGGAAAAUUUAAAAGAAUUUGCCAUUAAGGGUACCGAUGAAGACUGGACAAAGGCUUUGACAAAUACUGACGGUAAAGCCAAACUUAUAUCCGUUAAAAGUGGAAUAAAGCGGCUGGAGGACUCCCUAGAUAUUAGCGCACCGAAGGAGCAGCCGAAAAAGAAAAAAAUAAAAAUGAGUAAGAAGAUGAAAGCAUCUAUGAAAGCCCUAAUUUAGUUCGAUUUCGAUUAAUGC